AUGCCUAUUGCUUCUCACCAUGGUGAUCAGCUUAUCAUAAUCACCGGAACACCCUGCUCUGGAAAGACCUUUCGCGCACAGCAGAUAUUGCAAGAUUUCCAGUCACGUAUCGAGCCAUCGUCACCUCGAUCGGUGGUCUACCUACCUUCGCACCAUGCCUCCUUAGACCCGUCAAGUCAAGAUGACCAACAAUAUACUCCGCCUGACCAGGUGCGGAAUCCGAGAGAUGUGAUAUACGACUCUGCUCGGCUAGAAAAGACAGCUCGGGCUGAAGAGUUCUCUGCUAUCAAGAGAGCUAUCAGCAAGAAUACGGUUGUCAUAGCAGAUGCGCCAAACUACAUCAAGGGUUUUAGGUAUCAGCUCUUCUGUGAAGCCAAAGCGGCUGGCACGCGCAGUGUUGUGGUGCAUACUGCAGCGAGGGAGGAUGAGUGUGUAGACUGGAACAAUGCUCGGUUGCAGGCUUGGGGCAGACCAAUCUUGAAUGACGAACACACAGAUUGUAGUGCUUUGGCAUCAGGUCCGAAAAUUGGUAGAGAUGUGCUUGGAAACCUAGAGCCGGAAAGUCACACUGCGAUCUAUGGAGAUAAAGUGCUCGAUGAAAGCGCUGGUGGGAGGUCACGUUCCUCCAGCGUCGGAGGAGUUAUCAGUGACGAAGAUCAAGAGGAAAGAUUGAAACAAAAAUGUCGGAGAGACGAAACUAUGACUUUGAAGUCUUUGUACAUCUCCGACAAGCCUGACGACAUAUCGACGCGUGAAGCCACUCCUCUCACUGACCUACAAGAACAACAACCAACACAAGACUCGACCUCACGCCGAACCCUACCUCCAUCCACACCACCAACUCCCAAAUCAUCCCUCCCAUACUCAUCAUCCUCCCUCCGAUCACUCUUCAUGCGCUACGAACCACCUUCCCCCUUCACACGCUGGGACACACCCCUCUUCACCAUACCCAGCACAGACUCCCACCCACCAUACGAUCAAAUUUGGGAAGCCCUCUUCCCAGCUCCAGCGAAGAACACAUCCAAGAAAGCAUUGAUGCGCGAGCGUCACGAACAAGAACGGAUACAGAAAGAGCAGGCAGUGGAAGCACAGAUACCUCCACAACAAGAUGGCACGAAUGAACGAAAUAAGAAAGUAGUAGAAGCCGUCAGACAAAACGCAGCCACAGUCCUACCAGCCGCAUCUGCCCCCGACGCGCUACAGACUCUCGAAAGCACGACAGGUGAAAUCACAAAACUAGUCCUCGCAGUUGCACGAGAUGCCGGCGUCGCUAAUACAGGCGAGUACGCGACCCUGCAAACAUCGUUACUCGUCGAUGGGGCACAGCUGAUGUUAGAGAUCGAGAAACCUGAGGGUGUGACGUUGAGUCAGCCGAAGUUACAGAGGUUGAGGCGGAAGUAUACGCAGAUUCAACGAGGUGGUAUUGCGCAUGGGAAGGGGUUUACUGCUGGGAGGAAGGAUGUUGCCGUGGGGUUUGCGAAGUUUUUGGAGGAUGAGUGGGCUGGGGAGGUGGGUGAGUGA